AUGCUAAUGGCAACUAGCCAAAAAAUUUCUGCUCUGCUGCUGGCCCUGUUCUUUAUAGGAACCACGAUUGUUUCAGCCACAGUUUUUACGCUCCAAAACAGUUGCGGUUACACAAUCUGGCCGGGGACACUAUCCGGCGAUGGCGCCGCCAUUCUUGGCGACGGCGGCUUCGCAUUAGCCCCCGGAGGAACCAUCCAACUCCCCGGCCCGCCGGGUUGGUCAGGCCGUUUUUGGGCACGAACAGGUUGCAACUUCGACGAAGCCGGGAACGGAAAAUGCAUCACAGGUGAUUGUGGCGGUACAUUUAAAUGCAACGGCGGUGGCGAACCGCCGGUGUCCCUUGUCGAAUUCACACUUGCAAAUGACAACACGGGGAAAGACUUCUACGACGUCAGCCUCGUCGAUGGCUACAAUGUGGGCCUCGGUGUCCGUCCCUCCGGCGGCUCCGGCGAUUGCCAGUACGCCGGUUGCGUAGCCGACCUCAAUGGAAGCUGCCCUAAAGAAUUACAAGUGACAGACUCGGUCUCCGGUUCGGUGGUGGCGUGUAGAAGCGCAUGUGCCGCCUUUAACACUGCAGAGUUUUGCUGCACCGGCGAACACGCGACGCCGGCAACUUGCUCGCCGACACAGUACUCUCAGAUGUUCAAGAAUGCUUGCCCGACAGCUUAUAGUUAUGCGUACGAUGAUGCUUCAAGUACAUGCACAUGUUCGGGUUCGGAUUAUUUGAUCACAUUUUGUCCCACAAUUUCGUGA